CACACACUCACACACACACCCUCCUCCAGCCCCAUCGCCCCCGCCAUGGCCGCGCCCGCCCUGUCCACCUGCUCCGGCGACCUGAGCUACGGCAGCCGGGUCUGCCUGCCCGGUCCCUGUGACUCCUGCACCGGCUCCUCCUGGCAGGUAGACGACUGCCCAGAGAGCUGCUGCGAGCCCCCCUGCUGCGAGCCCCCCUGCUGCGCCCCGACCCCCUGCCUGAGCCUCCUCUGCGCCCCAUCGAGCUGUGAGCCCUGCCCCUGCCCAUCUGCCUGCACCAGCUCCUGCACAGCCUUGUGCUGCCCACAGUCUAGCUGCCAGCCCUCCUGCUGCACCUCCUCCCCCUGCCAGCAGGACUGCUGUGAGCCUGUGUGCUGCAGGCCUGUGUGCUGCAGGCCCAUGUGCUGCAGGCCCGUGUGCUGCACACCUGUCUGCUGCAGGCCCGUGUGCUGCAGGCCCGUGUGCUGCACACCUGUCUGCUGCAGGCCUGUCUGCUGCAGGCCCGUGUGCUGUGAGCCCACCCUCUGCCCCUCGUCCUGCUGCAGACCCUCCUCCUCCGUGUCCCUGCUCUGCCGCCCCGUGUGCAGACCUGCCUGCUGUGCCCCUGUCCCCUCCUGCCAGCCCAGCUGCUGCCGCCCGGCCUCCUGCGUGUCCCUGCUCUGCCGCCCCAGGUGCUCCCGCUCGGCCUGCUGUGUCCCCAACUCGGCCUAGAAGUCCUGCUGCUGACCGGGCCUGUACCCUCAGGGCCAGCUGGGUGCUAUGGGCACCCCCUGACCAUUGCUGGCCCCCCCACGCCAUCCUCAGAAAGCACCCCAGCCUGAGCUCUGGUAUGCACCUCUGCACGAAUGUUCACUGACCUCAGACCCCAACAAACAGGGCUUAGCCCGUCUGUGGCCUCCACAUUAGGCGCAGAUGGAUGUGAGAUGGCCCUCCCCUACUACCGGGGGUCCCCAGGUUACCCCUGACAACCACCGACCCAGCUCUUCCUCCCAGCCUUGGGGCCGUACUCUGCCCCGUCGCCCCCUCCUGCUGCUCUGCGCCCCCUCUUUCCUGCAGGCAUCUUGAGCUGAAUGAAUAAACAUCCUUGUCUCAAUUA